UCCAGAUAUUACACACGAUGAUGGCAGAUUUGUAGCAUUUUGUUUUUGUUUUUCUUGCCUGCAGUAAUAAAUAAGCUGUGGCAUAGCAUGUUUGUAUGUAGAAAUGUUGAAGACAAAGGAAAGAUAUAGUUACAUGGCAGUUUAACACUGACAACAUAAGUAAAAAAAAAGACAUGGCAAAUUAUGAAUUAUUUUUGGAAGGAUCCAAUAAACUAUUGAGUUUUGUUGUGCAAACUAAAAUAGAAAAAAACAAAUAUGGAACAAAACAUAUGUAAUGUAAAGCUUUUAUAUAUGCAGUAGAGAAAACUGUAAUAAAUGCAGUUGUACAGGAUAAUAAUUGUUUAGAUAAUGCAAAAUAUUUGAUAGCAACUAUUCUAUAUAACUGUAGAAGGGUUAUAAACAAAUAAAAAAAUGGAUGAGUCUGCGAGAAUUGUGAUGUGUAUUGGUGAUAUUAUAAUUAAAAGAGAACCAGAUGAAGAAGAAGAAGAUGAAAAAUAUGAUGCAACACUUCACAGUGAAAGUGUAAAUAGAAAAGCAGGUGUUGAUGAUUCUAGCUCAACAUUUGAUAAAGGCAAUUAUAGUAAUUCUGUAAUUAAAAGGGAGUCGAUUGAGAAUGAUCACGGAAACUGGAUGAAUACAUGUACAUCAGGAAAUUUUCCACCUGGUUUAUAUCCAGCAAAAAAUUUCCCUGGUCAACUAAACACACAGGGUACCAUUAAAGAUCAGAACUAUGAUGUAAUACGACAAUUGUUAGCUCAGAGGUCAAAUACAUUAGAAAAAAAUAGGAUGACAGAUACAAAUAAACACCAUGACAAUAUUGAAAUGUCACAUGAUUCCAGCAAAGGAAAUAAUAAAGAUAUACAACAGUAUAUUGCAAGUAACCAUAGUAACAUGGAAGAAAGAGGCAGGAAUUCCAAUAGACAAGAAAUAAACUCUUCUUUGAAAAAAACCCCAAUAACAUCAUUGGCCGAUGUUGUUUAUGUAAAACCUUUAAGAGUAACGCAGCCCGGAAAAAAUGAUGAGUAUAACUGCAUAGAAUGUGGCAAGAUGUUGAAUCCUCCUUACCAUCAACAUUUAUGGCAGUGUAAAAGUUGCUCCUUUGCCAGUGUUUGUAUGAUUUCAUUCAAAGCCCACUAUAACAGAUGUCAUAAUGGUUCUUUGGGUCCAUUGAACAAAGUUAACCAACCAUGCAUACAGGAUAUGUCUGUGGACACCACUUGGCUUUUGUGUAGAAAUUGUAAAUCUUUUUAUACUUGCAAUCCAAAAAAAAUGGAUGAUCAUUUAAAUAAAUGUGCUAAUGGAAACAAGAACUGUAUUCAAUCAGGUAAAACUGACAGUACUGCCACUACACAAACUGCACCUUUAAAUCCUGUAUCAGAACUAGUAACUCCUUUACAGAAUGUCCAUAGUCAGGUAAAUUCAUUACAGGCUAGUAAUUCUAUUCUCCAUGGUAUGUUAAAUGAAGGAUACAGUGCUUACAAGAUUCUACAGAAAAUGCUUACAGAAGCAAAUCGUGCAGAGUCAAAGGAUUCAUCAACAGCUCCCGUAAAAAUACCAGCAGUUAAUCAGAACAUUGAUCCAAAAGAAAAUCCCGCGGUACAAAAGUCCGAAUUUCCCAGUCAGUCAUAUACACCACAUCAAGAUAUAUCUUCAGAUGGACAAGAUUCAGUACGGUCGACAGAACCAAGAGAAAAACUGACUUCCAUUGCCUCUUAUCUUAAUACAACUCAAAGAUUUACGAAAGUUGUCAAUGUUUUGCAUCAAAAACCUGGACUCCAGUCUCAAAAAGUGCCAGGUGUUUCGAAAGAAACUGCUGUACCAAGAUUAUUGCUGGCUAACAAUGAUAAAAGAACUGCAGUACCAAGAUUGUUGCUGGCUAACAAUGAUGGCAGGACUGCAGUAUCACCACAUGAAGAUUUAACCUCUGAAAAUUUUCCUCCUCAUUUCAAAUCUGAGAAUUCAGUUCCAACAUAUUUGAAACCCUCUAUCACACCUGGAAAUUCUGAUGUUUUAAGCCAUCUUCCUCAAAAUCCAACUCAGGGUAUGGCCCCAGGAUAUACCUUGAAUCAUGCUCCCAGUACUUUAAACACUGUUCCAGGAUUGUCAACAGAACCUUCUAUAGUAUUGCUUAAUGGAGUACCACAAUAUAAGUUGUUUACAUAUAAUCCAGCUGGCAUAUAUCAGAAUACAUCACCAACGUCAACGGUUUAUUCCACUGCAACACACCAGAAUACACCAAAUACAUUUUCACAGGGACAGUCCUUAGGACCAUCAGAAACACAUUUAACUUCCAUGUCAGAAAAUAACUCACUACAUUCAUGUAUGCCUCAACAGCUAAAUACCAGUAGAGAGGAUUCAGUUCAGGAAAAUAUGGCCGCUUCCUGUUCUGCUCAAGUAAAAGUUGAGAGUACAGAUACUUCUGAAAAUAUCCACUUUUCUGCUGGACCAGUUAAAACUGAGAGAAUACCAGUACCUGUUGAUGAAAAUGUUGAGUUGGAAAAAGAUGGCACAAGAGGUGAAAAUAAUGUUGGAUUUGGAUUUAGGCAUGUAUUACAAGGAUUUGCUACACCAGCUGGUACUGCUAACUACCAAAAUAUCAACAAUCAGCCAGUUAGUAUAGUCAAAUUUGUGCGACAACAAAAUACAUUGCAGAUGCAAGGAAUAACAACACAGACAAAUAUCAACAAUUCACAGCAACUUCUACAAGGUGCAGCUCUAAGUCAGAUGAUAGCACCAGUACUAGAACUUAAAGAUGGAAAAGUACAACUAAAACUCUGUCUGAGACAACCGAAUCAGAUGGCUGGAGGACUGAUCCAAAGUCAAUCCAAUAAUUUUGUAUCAUUGCCUUUAAACUCAGUUAAUGAGAGGGGUCAACACCAGACUAAGCAAAGUAUAAAUCAGACAAGCAACUUAGCUGAAGACUCAGUAUUGCCAAGUUCCCAGAGAGAACAAGAAACAAAUCAUAUGAAAAGAAAAACAGAAGAUUUGCUGAAUACUACAGAAACAAAUCAUAAGAAGAGAAAAGCAGAAGAUUUACUGAAUACAACAGGACAAAAGAGACUACAAUUAGUGGAUGUGAAUAAGAAAAUAAGAGAAAUGUUAAAUCAUAAGAUCAGAAAAAGAGAAGAUAUACAUUCAGAAACUGAGGUAUUUGGUCUGAUGAAAAAACAAGCAGCAGCAGUAACAAAUCGUAUAAAGAAAACAGAAGAUUUACCGGAAACUGGAGGACAAAAGAAAUCUGAUAAAUUUAGUGAUGUUAAUUUCAAAAUAAGAAGUCUUUCCAAUUAUGAAUCAAUUCCUGUAUUGGCCACAGGGACGCUUGCUUGUAGGAUAUGUCCAAAAGAAUUUUGGCAUCUUGAUAGUCUGCUACAACAUCAUGAGAUGGAACUUCCUGAAAAAAGGACUGACUGUGGCCAUAAUCUAUAUUAUCUUCUUGAUUGUCAUGUGUGCCAAAGUAGGAAGGGUAUAUGGGCAAGAAGAGGAGACUGGAUCACAUGUUUUUGUGAAACUUGUGAUAGGAGCUUUACAUCUCUCCGUCAAUUUAAUCAUCAUGUAAUCGUACUCCAUGGGGAGAAAAAACAGUGCACUUUUUGUAAAAUAGACUUUACAAUAAAAAGAGAUUUCAAAGAUCAUGUUUGUGGAAGAUUGAAAAAAUUAAAUCAAAGUUAUAAGAUGGAUAAGUUUGCAUUUUGUUAUCAGAAUGAUGGAUCUUUAUUACAAAAACCAGCGAAACGGCAAAAGUUGAAUGUGUUGCAAGACAUGAUUUUUACAGAUGAAGAAUUAAUUCAUACUGAAAAAAGAAAUAGCAACAUGUCAGAAAAUGUUCACAAUAUUAUCACACACACUUAUGGUAACUGUGAGGUCAGAAGUGUAAAUGGGUGUAGUCGAAAAGUUCAAAAGGUCAAUGGAAGUAGUGAUACUAACAAUGGUAUAAUUAGUAAUAAUUAUGAAGCAGAAUGUGACAACGGUACACAUAAUUUAGCAGAAGGUGACAACGGUACACAUAAUUUAGCAGAAGGUGACAACGGUACACAUAAUUUAGCAGAAGGUGACAACGGUACAAAUAAUUUAGCAGAAGUCGACAAUGGUACACAUAAUCUAGCAGAAGGUGACAGUGGUACACAUAAUCUUGCAGAAGUCGACAAUGGUACACAUUAUCUAGCAGAAGGUGACAACGGUACACAUAAUUUAGCAGAAGUCGACAAUGGUACACAUUAUCUAGCAGAAGGUGACAGUGGUACACAUAAUCUUGCAGAAGUUGACAAUAGUACACAUAAUCUAGCAGAAGGUGACAACGGUACACAUUAUCUAGCAGAAUAUGUCAAUGAAGAUGCAUGUGAUACAGUAACCGCUGAUGACAGUGAAGCUACCGAAUAUCUUUUAAAAGAUUGUAACCCAAUAGAACAAAGAGACUUCAAACCUACCCCUGGUAUAUGCGAUCUAUUGAUAGUUGACACUAGUAAAAUAAAAGUCAGAAAUGUCAACAGUAGUGACAUUAUAACAGAAAGAUUUAACAACUUUGUAUAUGAGAGUGUUGACACAAGCCAUACUGACAUAGAGAGUGCUAGUACAAGUUACACUUUAUCAGACAGUAUUAGUAACACUGAGGAAAAGAGGGUAAACAUAGACAGUGCAUCUGAGAUUGUGAAAACUCCAAUAGAAUUAAUCAUAGACAGUAACACUUUAACAGAUAGCAUCAUCAAAAGUGAAACUGAAGCAGAGAUUGUCACUAGAAUUAACACUGAAGCAGAGAUUGUCACCAGAAGUAACACUGAAGUAGAGAUUUUCACUAAUAGUAACACUGAAGCAGAGAUUGUCACCAGAAGUAACAAUGAAGCAGAGAUUGUCACUAAUAGUAACACUGAAGCAGAGAUUGUCAACAGAAGUAACACUCAAGCAGAUAUUGUCAAUAAAAGAAUCACUGAAGCAGAGAUUGUCACUAAUAGUAAUACUGAAGCAGAGAUCAUCAAUAGAAGAAUCACUGAAGCAGAGAUUGUCACUAAUAGUAACACUGAAGCAGAGAUUGUCAACAGAAGUAACACUCAAGCAGAUAUUGUCAAUAAAAGAAUCACUGAAGCAGAGAUUGUCACUAAUAGUAAUACUGAAGCAGAGAUCAUCAAUAGAAGAAUCACUGAAGCAGAGAUUGUCACUAAUAGUAACACUGAAGCAGAGAUUGUCACUAAUAGUAACACUGAAGCAGAGAUUGUCACUAAUAGUAACACUGAAGCAGAGAUUGUCACUGAUAGUAACACUGAAGCAGAGAUUGUCACUAAUAGUAAUACUGAAGCAGAGAUUGUCACAAGAAGUGAUACUGAAGCAGAGAUAUUCAAUAGAAGAAUCACUGAAGCAGAGAUUGUCAAUAGAAGAAUCACUGAAGCAGAGAUUGUCACUACAUGUAAUAGUAACACUGAAGCAGAGGUUGUCAACAGAAGUAACAUGGAAGCAGAGAUUGUCAUUAGAAGAAUCACUGAGGCAGAGAUUUUCACUAAUAGAAACACUGAAGCAGAGAUUGUCAACAGAAGAAACACUGAAGAAGAGAUUGUCAAUAGAAGAAUCACUGAAGCAGAGAUUGUCACUAAUAGUGACACUGUACCAGAGAGUUUCAAUAGAAAUAACACUGUACCAGAGAGUUUCAAUAGAAAUAACACUGUACCAGAGAGUUUCAAUAGAAGCAACAAUGAAAUCAAGAUUAUUUUUAGACGUAAUACUGUACCUGAGAAUUUUGAAAGUCGUUGUACCCAAAAUAAUGAGAUUCAAUUGCAUGAUUCAUUAGUUAAAGAUCAGGUAAAAAAAACAAAUGUAAAUUGUUUAUGCAGCCCAUGUAAAGUAUUUUUUACUUCUCUUAGCAAGUUAAAUGCACAUGUUUGUUAUGUUCACAGAAAGGGACUUCAGUGUGUAAUUUGUAAUACAUAUUUUAUAUCGUAUAAAGAUAUGUGUAAUCAUGAAUGUGCUCGAGUGUUUUUACAAAUGAAACUUAAUCCUUUGACUAGAAUAGUUUUACAUUUUGGGUCAGAAGAUAAAAUAUCAGAAAGUACAGAGUAUGGUAGUGAUCAAUGGCACAUUGUCGUAAAAGAUAAUCCAACGACAUUAGAAGAGACUAAAAAUAAAGAAAUACGUGUAUCAUGUUAUUGCAGAAAAUGCAAAAUAGGGUUAAUUUCUCUUUCUCAAUUAAAUGAUCACAUCUUCAAUGUGCAUACAAAAAGAGAAGAGUGUAUAUUUUGUAAGAUGGAUUUUAAAUCAACUGAAGAAAUGGGCAAUCAUUUUUGUGAAAAAUUGAAUACAAAGUUGAAAAACAACAUUUUAACAGAAAUAACUGUGUGUCCUAUUUGGGAUGCUAACACCAAAAAUCACAAAAAAGGAGUUGAAGUGAUUACAUUGCCAUGGCUGAAAAUGAAAGUAAAGACUCUACGACAGCUUGCACAGGAGAAGUUAGAUGAAAAAGUUAUGUUUAAAAAAAGACAAUUUGAAAAAAAGACUAAAGAACAAAAAAAAGUGGCAACGAACAAAAUUUCGCCAAAGGAAACACAAUAUGUCAAUAGAAAAUCCUGUCCAGUUUGCCCUUUGUUUUUUAAAGCAGAAUCUAAUCAAAGUCUUUACGAACAUUUUUAUAAAAAACACCAAAAAGACACAAAGUACUGUCGUUUUUGCCAACAGGCAUUUCUUGCUGACAAUCAUGAAUGCAAGAAAGAAGAAGAGGAAAGUUAUAUGAAAAGGAAAGAAAAUAAAAACAAAAUAAUAGAAGAACUAGUUGGAGAAGAAAGCAUCAAAUUGCAAAAAUGUCCGCAAUGCUCAUAUAUGAAAUACUUCUGUAAAGAAAACAUUCAUAAUCAAGCUUGUACUAAAAACGCCUGCAUUCCUUGUAAAAACUGCUGUGAAUGUGAAGGUAUAAACUGUUUUUACUGUGGAAAAAUUUUUCAUUCUGAAAGUUUGACCUGGAGACAUGUGGAUCAAAGGCACAGGUCAACAAAAACCGGUAUUUUUCACUGUUACUUAUGUAACCUCUCAAUCAACACUUUAGAACAAUUGCAACUUCAUGUAAAGAAUGUUCAUCCUCUCAUGGAUGCCUUAACAUGUCAAGAGAUUUUUCGUAAAAGAUCGAAAUAUAGAAAAUGUCGCCAGAAAAAAAGGAGCGUUGAACAAUUAUCAGCAGAUCAUGAAAAGCAAAGGAAGAAAUAUCAGGAAAAACACAAAGAUAGGUACAAAUGUGAUGUUUGUCAAGAAAAGUUCACUUACUUUAUGAUGAUGAAGAAGCAUAUUGCAAAUGAACAUAACGGUGAAAAUUUUGGCUGUAAUGAUUGUAACAUGUGGUUUAAGGAUAAAAGAACAUUAAAAAGACACCAAAUGAAGGAACAUUUGAAAGGAUGUGUAAAAGAGCAAUCUACCUGUUAUGUUUGUAACCUGAAGUUUCGCAGUGAUAUAAGUUUGAAAAGACAUAAGUUAAAGGAACAUUUAAUUGAGGACAAACACCUUUCCAAGUCUAGGGAAAAUGUUGCUUGUGAGCAAUGUGGUAAAAUUGUGACGAGAAGGAGUAUGAGGUUACAUUUACUUGUUCAUCGAGAAAAAGAGUUUAUGUGUGAAUAUUGCGGAGAGAAGUUUCGUAGACGUGAUGUAAUGAAACAGCAUAGGCAAAUACAUUUAAGAAAAAAAAAUGUGGUCAAGUCCGAAACAUCUGGGUAUGAAUGCUUAAUAUGUGGGUUGAUUUUAUCUACCAAUGGUGCAUUAAAAAGACAUUUUAGUUGGAAACAUUCAAGUGCAAAGUUUUCUAUACCAUGCAAAACCUGUGGCAGAUUAUAUGCAAGUAAACCUGUGUUAUCCAUACAUAUGAAACUGAAGCAUUCACACCAACCUUUUUACUGUGAAAUAUGUAAUAAGAGAUUCUAUUACAAUUACAUGCUUAAAAACCAUGUAAAGAUCGUGCAUGAAAAUUUUAAGCCUUUUCAAUGUGACAUUUGUAAUUUCAGGUGUUAUAUGAAAUCUGCACUAGUAUCACAUAUGAAAUACAAUCAUUAAUUCAGCUUUAUCGUAUUGCUGGCUGUUGUUUAUGUGCAUUGGUUAAUCCAGGGAGCUGUUCUGAGGUUGGUUAACCCCCUUUUGUUUUCGAUUAAAAAAAAAUGAUGUGAACGUUUCAUGGUGUUUCAGGGUUGAAAUCUCCCCCCUUUUAAAUGGCUGGAUCCGUGACUGAUGUGUACUGAAUGAUAGAAGCAUAUACCAACCUGUAAUUAUUUAAAUUUUAGUGCAAUUGAACCAUUAUUAUGCUAAUGUUAGUCAUAGAAAAGAACAAUGAAUGUUAGAUUUUUUAAAAUGUGAUUUUGUCAUGUGUUUCUCAUUCUAUAUAGCGAAUAACUUAUUAUACCAAAAUUUUUGUAAGCAGAGGUGUAUAUUGAUUUUUAUGUCAAUUCAUCCAUCUUCACUUUUGUAUCCACAAUGGCACCUAAAACGAGAUUGGAUCACUUUGAAACUUGCACUGAAUCUUAAGUCAUUUCUAUUUUAUUUUUUUAUCCAACCUAUUUUUAGCUCACCUGGUCCAAAGGGCCAAGUGAGCUUUUCUCAACACUUGGUGUCCAGCGUCUUCUAUUAACUUUUUCAAAUAUCUUCUUCUCUGAAAUUACUAGGCCAAAUUUAACUAAACUUGGCCACAAUCAUCUUUGGGGUAUCUUGUUUAAAAGAUGUGUCCGAAGACCCAUCUUCGCUAGCCAAGGAUUACGAUCCAGUCCCCUCCUCUACUCUAUUUUGAAAACCACAAUAAAUAGAGAAAAUCUGACAGCGGCAAAUAUGUUUAGAAUAUUGUCCAUUUAAGUCAAAACUAUAAGAUGACUUCUUAUAGGAGUUAUUGCCCUUAAAUGACAAAUUUUACCAUUUUUUUUUCAUUGUUGCUUAUUUUCUUUAAAACUAUAAUAGAUAGAGAGAAACUCUUAAUUAUAAAAAUGAUCAGCAAGACAAUAUCAACAAAUAAGUCAAUAGGCUGAAAUUAUCAGAUGACUCCUUAUAGAGUUAUUGCCCUUAACAGACGAUUUUUACCAUUUUUUGGUGUUUUUGCAUAUUAUCUUAAAGACUACUGUAACAAUAGAUUGAUAGAAACUUUAAAAGUAAAAAUGAUUAAGCAAGACAAUAUCUACCAAUAAGUAACAAUAGAAAUUCUUCAGUCGACUCGUUAUUGGAGUUAUUGCUCUUUAUUGACGAUUUUUACCAAUUUUUAGUGUUUUUUACUAUUAUCUUUAAGACUACGAUAGAUAGAUAGAAACUUUAAAAAACAACAGUGAUCAGCAAGACACAAUCUACAAUAACUCAACAUGGUCAAAAUUGUUUGUCAAUUCAUUAUUGGAGUUUUUGCUCUUUAGUAACAAUUUUUACCAAUUUUUGGGGGUUUUGCCUAUUAUCUUGAAAACUUUAAAAGAUAGAUAGAAACUACUUUUAAUAACAAAAAUGAUCAACAAGACAAAAGUUAGUAGGUUCAUUAUAGGAGUGAUUGCCCUUAAAUGAUGACUUUUUUUUAACCCUCUUGUGUUUUUUUGGCAAAAAAUAAAGAAGAUGGAGAGAAAUUGUAAACUGAAAAAUUUAUCAGAUCAACUGAAAGGGAUUUUUGUAAUUAAAUCUAUUCUAGUCUACUGUUGAAGAUGCACAUAGACCUAUGUGAGCAACACAGGCUCUUUAUAGCCUCUAGUUAAGUUUAUCUAGAGCAGAAUUUACAAAAAGGAUAUAAAACAUUUUUUCAAUGAACUUUCAUACAAUCUGUAUUUACAGUAGGUGUUGAAAUCAUAAAGAUUCUGUUUUUUAUUGGUUCUAAGACAAACAACCUGAUUCUGUUUCUUUUACAUGUUUCCAAUCUAAAUAUAAGCAACCCAAGCAUAGAAUAUUUUAGCACUGACUGCCAACCUAAUUGUUUUUGGAACCAAAUAUGUUUGGAGGCCUUUGCCCAAAAAAUAUGGACUUUGCCAUAUUAAUAUAAAAAAGAGGUAUAAGUAUGAAUAUGUGACUCUUCUGUUUUUAAAGUUAGCCAAAUGAAUUAAUAUUCCAUAUAUAUAUAUAUAUAUAUUUCUCUAAUUCUUAGAUGAUUUAUCCUUUUUCUGACCUGUUGAUUAUUUUUAUUGAGUCCACAUGUUUUUUUUUUUAUUCCUUUCAUCUGAAUUUCCUAUUGUAAUGUCAUGAAAGAAAGGCGUCCAUGUCUGAUGACGUUAUACAGAAAAAAACACAUCUGUUUGCAAAUCAUUGGAAAUAAGGGAUUAAGUUUGUCAGCAAAUUGUCUAAAAAUCAUACAAUAUUUCUCCACUGUCACCAAUUAAAUUUUAGAUAUUUUAAGCGCUCAGUAAGCCUUGCUUUUAAAAUUUAAAAAUUUAAUUGUCUAGAGUGCAUAAAUAUUGUAUCACACAUUGAUGCAGGGGUUCAAAUUAAUGUGAGUCUGAGGUCCAGGACCUGUCUUUUCUAGGAGAGGACUUUUCAUUUUUAGAUAACAAAAGCCAAGGACCUACCAUUUUUUACACUGAUGCUUGAUUUCUUAUGGAGGACCCUUCACUUAAAAUUUCAAAUGGUUUUGGACCUUUUAUAAUUUAAAGCAAAUUUGAAUGAUGCAGUGAUAGAAUCUAUUAUAUAUAAGUACAUGUAAAUAUAGCUUGAGAUUAAUGACAUCAUGAUGACAUUAUUAUAUUUGGUUCUUGAUUUUCAAUUGAUUGUGUGGCCUAUUUUACUUUGAUGUCUAAAAAGAUAAAUAAUUUUACAUAUAAGUUUUUUGUAUCAUAUGUAACUAUUUUUUCUCUGUUAUGUUUCGAUUUCAAUCAUGAUAUUAAAGUUGAUUUUACACAGUAAAAUAUGAAUAUGUGACCCUUAUGUAAAAUGUUGUAUACUUAAUUGUUUAAAUUUAACAUUGUAUUAAGUGACUGUUAUUUUGUAUUUUUAUGUGUGAAAGAACACAUUUGAAUAAAAGAAGGAGAGAAUGAUGA